CGGUGCUGCCGGCGCACCGGGACGGCCCCGGCGGCCGCAGGAGCCCUCCCCCGCCCGGCCGCGGCAGGGCCGGGGCUGCCCCGCAUCGCACCGACUAGCAGGAGCGGCCGGAGGAUGGGGCUUAUUGUGCUGAAGCCUUGGAGACCCUCGGCGAGGGAGCAGCCUGGCCAAGGAAGACAGCGAGGGGUUGCAGUCUGACUUGAACAGCUGGUGGGGCAAUGAAGCUGAAUGAGCGGAGCGUGGCCCACUACGCCACCUGUGACUCGCCCGCUGACCAUGCUGGCUUCCUGCGCAAGCGGGUGGAGCGGCACCACCACCAUGCCCACCACCAUGGUGCCUCCUACCAGCGCCGCUGGUUUGUCCUCAAGGGCAACCUCCUCUUCUACUUCGAGGAGCGGGAGAGCCGGGAGCCCGUGGGGCUUGUGGUCCUGGAGGGCUGCACCGUGGAGCUGUGCGAGGCCUCCGAGGAGUUUGCCUUUGCCAUCCGCUUUGAUGAUGCUGGUGCCAGGGCUUAUGUGCUCGUGGCCGACGGGCAGGCUGCCAUGGAGGCCUGGGUGAAGGCACUCUCACGGGCCAGCUUCGACUACAUGCGGCUGGUGGUAAAGGAGCUGGAGAAGCAGCUGGAGGAAGCCUACAAGAGCUUGGCUGCUUGCCGUAAGUCUCCACAGAGGUCAUCCUGCUCUGGCAGGAAGAGGCAUCUCUCCAACCCUGCUUUGCUGCCUCUCCAGGAGAAGCCCACCACCCUGGAGAAUGGUUACUCCACGUGGGGUAGUGGUGGUUGUGUCGCCGGUGGGGCCACCUGCACUGACUACGAUACGGGGCAAACAAAGCCCCCACCGCUGCCUCCCCGCCGGCGCUUGGCCGCCUGCAGCACCACAGGAUCCCCAGUGCCUGGCCUCUCACUGGCCAUGCUGGAGAGCCCAGUCCCACCGGAAACAGUCUGUUUCUCCAAGCUGCAUAACUGGUAUGGGCAGGAGAUCGCGGUGCUGAGACGCGAGUGGCAGGAGAGGCAGAAGAGGGGACACCCGUGACUGGGGGGAAGGACACAAGUCACUGGCCAGCUGAUGCUGACCAGCCUGUCCUCCGUGCAGGAAGGGUGAAGUGAGGGACGCUGCUUGCCCCUGCCYUCAUGAGUGGCUGUGUGUAUGCUUCACUUGGGAGGGAUUCAAAUCUCCUCUAAACCUCAUAUUUCAUUUCCAUGAGGCUUUAUACAUAUGGAGAGUGUGUAACACCAGGGGAGCCACAUUUAUUUAAACUCUCUCUGCUGGAGAUAGAAGCUGCCCAAAUCAGCACAUGUGCAAUGAAUGAACCUCAGCCAAUGGGCUUGGUCACUUGCUGCCCUGAUAUGCUGAAUGCUCCGGGUGUUUCAUCCUCUACCUCUCCUUCAACACUUCUUUUUUGUUUUGUUUCUCAGUGUGGAAUUUUGGUUUUGGUCAGUGCUUAUUAGUGUCUGUGGUCUUGUGCCAAAGUCCUUCUGCCUUUCUUCUGUUGCAGCAGAUGAGGCUGGGCUCUUAUGAAGUGCCUCYGACAGGCCACUGGCCCUGGCGCGUGCCUCCAGCCUUAUUCCUCUCUCACUACAGGACAUGUGAGCCACUGCAGCUGUUGCUGGCCUAGCAGCUGGGGCUCUUGCAUUGUUUUUUUACUUUCAUCUGCAGUAACCCUUCUUCCAGCUAAAUCCUUCGGGACRUGGAUAUCAUGGUCUUACCACUGUCUCUUUGGGUGCUCAUAUUCAGCAGCAAGCCUGAAAUGGAGACAUGGAGCUUGGCCUGAAGACACAGAACGCCAGGACCUCCCCAGGGCUGAUCUGGACUCUGUCAAGUGGUAGUCAAGCCUGUUAAUAUCUCCAACCCAAGGUUUCCCAAAACAGGGAUGCUAAAGCCUCUUUGCCUGGCCAGGAGCAAAUUCCUCAGCCUUUGCUUCAGACCACAGCCCUUGCAAAGUGCCACGCAGAGCUCAGUCAGCUUGUCGGGCUUCUUGCCCAAGAGGGUGUSCAGAGCCACGCUCCUGCAGGGCCUCUCAGUGUUGUGGCUCUGUCCAGCUCCUGGCAGUGCUGUGCAGUUGGAGGAGAGGCUUUGAAGAAAUGGGAGGAAGAGAGGGCUGGUCUCAGGAGAAGUGAAGUUGUGGGAGUGAGUUACAGGUAGCAGUGUUUGCAGUGUCUGAGUUUGCCUCUUCAGCAUCAAAACCACAUUACUGCCUUUUACCAAGCCUCCACCUGGCUUGCUGGCGCUUUUCUCUGAUUUCAUGUCAGCAUUGCUUGGCUGAUCUCUGCAGGACAUCCUAUCCUCCCAGCAGGCUGGGAGGGCUGCAGGGAGUCUCACCUGUCACCUCACUAUGGAAACAGACUUGUCCAGCAGUAGGUCAGAAACCUUGGCCACAAGGUAGACAGUACAAGUWGGUGGGUGCCAAGUCCAGGGACUAAAACACCCUUGGGAUGGGGUUUAAAAAUUUCCCUUAUCCUCUUGGCAAGGGCUGCUUUUCAGAGAAAAAGUGUGUGACAUUGUAUGCUUCCCUUCWAAAAAUGUUAAACCUGGUUUUAUUAUCCAAUUGAUUUGUGUUGUUAUUAUUAAGGAGCUUUGCUAGGAAAGCAAAAGCCCAUUUCAUGUCGUGACUAGCUGGAACCUAUUUACUUUUCUGGACUUWAACACACUUGGCUUCCUACUGUGCAAUAGCCAGUAGAGAUUGGCCAUGGAGAAAUAAUUCUGUUAAUUUUUGGUGCCUUUGAAUAUGUAUCUCUGGUAGUUUUGGAUKAUGAGCUUCCAGCCUCCUGCCUAAUUAUAGCUCAAUGGUAUAUUAGAGGAAAUAAGAUCUUAAAUUAGAUCUUACAAAUAUGACUUUGGGCAGUGAGAGUGUAACCUUCACUUGCAAGUUACACAAUCCAGUGCUCUCCAGUUUGUGGCUAUAUURCUUCACAGUGAGGGUCUUCAAGUUUGGGAGGAUUAUUUUUGUUUUGCUUUUGUGAAAACAGUUCAGAAAAAUCAGGAGCAGGCAGCCAUGGGGCAAGGCCCAGGAUCCAUCAGCAGCACAACUGGUCGGACGUAGGGGCCAGCUCUGCCUCCCUACCUGCUGCUUGAAGAGUUCAGUACUGCAGCAUUCCUGGCUGCAAAUAUGUCCCUGUUCCCCAUGCCARGGGAGCAGCAUCAGGAGAUUGCACUAUCUGGUGUCUCCUUGCUAUGAGCAUGGGUAUUUCGGGCCCAAGGUCAAAUUUGUCAAGCAUUUUCCUGUGUUUAUUUUUUUAUUUUACAUAAUAUGGAGAGAAUAUUCCUGAUGUCUCAGAUUAACAUAUAGCAGUUUAACAGUAAAGAUUCAACAUCCAAAACAAAUGAAAAUGUAGUGGCAGUUCCUAAAUGAGACCCAAGAAUUGGGAGCUACUUGAAAGGGAAAAUAAAUUAACAAAACCAGGUCUGUCAGAACUGGAACUGAGACAGUAUUAUUCAUUUAAGGGCAGUUUCACUUUUAAGAAGCUUAGUUUGUUUUAAUAAGCCAGUAUUGUGCUCCUAACACUGCUAAAGAGCUUAUAUUUAAUGCUUUAAUCUUUCCCAUUCAAAUAGCACAAUUUCCACACUACCUACCUUUGCAUUAGCACAUAUCCCAACUAAAUCCUAAAUCCUGCAAAUGAGGCGCUGCACUCUGCUUUCUGUCUGAUCGCAUUUGGAGUAAUUUUGCGUUUUAUUCUGCAGUGCUGACAAGAAAGUGGCUGAAUCCUGAUUUGCAUUUGUGCUCGGCCCAGCCGUCCAUGCCUGGGCUUUUGCUAGAUUUCCACAGCACUGCAUGACUUCGGAUGCACUUGAUCAGGGUUUCGUCACCAUCCCACUGUUCUGAGUGAAAAGGGCCAUAAUUGGAGCCAUGUCCAAAUUUGUACGAGUACAGGCUUUUUAAUGACUACUGCCACUUGCUUCAUUAGGCAGGAAGCCCCUGAGUGCCCCACUGUCUCCUCAGAGAUGGAGGCUAUCAAACUAUCCCAGCUUGAAUUGGGUGUGCUGGCAGCGCCUUUGAAGCAAGAGGUCAGGAUUUCAUCUUCCAGAGGUUGAACAUUCCGCUGGCUAAUGGAGCAACCUUUCUUGUCUUGCUGCAGAGAUUGUUACAGGGAAGGAGAGAAUUUUCACUGCACAUUGUCCCCAGCAGCAAAAUAAGACUGAUUGCCACUGGGGGUUUUUCUCCAGUCAGUCAGGUUUGGACUGUUUCACCUCCUGCCUCCACUUUCCCUUUUUAGUUUUAAAAAUAGAGAAUGUCAGGACAGCACAAAACAGGUUCCUUGGUAAAGAGGAAGCUUGAACACUAAAGUUGARUGUGUACUUUUCUUAAAAGUACUGAAGUAAGAUCUUUUUCUAAGAGUUUUCUUUAGUGCAAAAGCAAUGAGAGAAAAGUGCUAAAAUCUAAAAGAAAUCGAAGACUGAAAAAGGGCUAUUCUGCCACGGCCUUUGUAAGCUGUGCUGAGAAGGGAUCCCAACCCUGCUAAAAUAAUUGAUGAAAUCUUUACAUUUUUCUAAGGCUGGCAUUUCCCAUUUGGUACUUCAGUACAUUUUGUGGUACAACUGGUGUUUUUCGCUGAAUGCAGGUGACAAGUUUUACCUGUGGCCACUGUUACCAUGUGGUGGACARUCAUGACCAAGAUCAUGUUUUGUUACAAUAGCUACUGCACUAAUAGUGCGUGGGGGAGUGACCCCUCAAUGUUACCUCUCUCAGCUGCCUUUGCUGAAAGCUGAAAUAGCCCCGACUGAAAUGCACGGGGGCAUCUUUCACCAGCACCAAACUUGCGUUSUCUCCACACAACUACCUGGAAAACACUACGAGCAACUCCCGCCUUUCCAAGUGCUUCUGUUUUAGGUAGGACCAUGUGUUUCUUUUUUUUUAGGAGGCGGUUUUGCAUGCACCUUUGUUUUACACGCGGAACUUGUAUUACACAUUUCAUUACAUUGUUUAAGUUUGUUUUAUGCGAGGAACUUGUAUUACGCAUCUUAUUGCAUUGUUUAGAGUUUGUAUUUUAUGCCGUGAAGCCGAAUAAACUGGUUUGAUUWGUA